UUCUUUUUUUAUUUGUUUCUGUAUUUUUUUAUUUUAAAGAGGAAGGAAACCCAAGUAAUGCCCAUUUUUAAACAUAAAAUUGAUGUGUGUUCUUUUUUUUGUUUGCAUAGAAAGUGACUUAUAGAGUUCUUGUUGGCUACCAAACCUGCCUUCUUCACCCGCACCACCAAAACCAAUUUGUUCCUAUCUUUUGAAAGGAAGGCAGACUGUUUUUUAGUAGUUCCUAAAUCCUGUUUGUGUUUCUUUUUAUGUGUACCUAUCCUCUAGUCUCUAGUGUGUGUUCUUUUCGUCUUCUUCGUUUUUUGGUUCGUGACUCAAACUUAAUGUGAAACUAGCAGCUAGCAGUUGGUUUGUUGUUUGUUUCAAUGAGUAUGAACCUAACCAAUAAAGGUUCAAACGGUUCUGUGUAAAGUCUCUGUUAAGAGAUCUUGAACUUGGUCUAAUAGAAUAAAUCGGUUAAAUUUCGUCCUACUUUCAUUAUUUUUCCAUUCGAAGGGAAAUAAAUAAAAAUAAAUAAAACGUAUUUUUUAAAGCCAUGUUAUGUGAUAUACCUAUUUGAUGAAUGUGAACGUAACUAAAGUCUAUUGUGAAUACUAAAGCUUGUGUUUAUUAUUUAGUGUGAGAAAAAGCCACCGUCUCUUCGUUGUUUGUGUCGCUGUCAUCGUGUCACACGCUUGUUUUUUGAGAUCGAAUGCCGAACGAUAAUAAGAAACUGUGAAUUCAUUUGAUGUAAAUGCGGGCAUGAAAAAGGAAUCAAUGAUAAAUUUGGAUUUAAAAAGGUGUUUUGAUAUCAAAUUCAAUGACGUAUGAAGAAGAAAAUGAUCACACAGAUACAAAACAACAACAACAACAAAGAAACCACAGAUUUUCUCCGAAUUCCAAUAUGCCUUCUAAUGACGAGAAUACCAUCAGUCGGUCAUACAAGCCGAGAACAAGUAGCAGUGGCGGUACAGUGGUGCUAGCUGAACAUUUAAGAGCACAACAACAACAACAGUCAUCGAAUUCUAAUCUUAACACUCAACAUUUUAAAUCGAAUCGUGCUAGUGGACGCUUGUAUCCACCUUCUUCGGAAGAAACCAAUCGAGCUCGAAGCUCAUCUGGCGGUGGUGGCAAAAAUUUUACCCAUUCGCAAAGAGCUGCCGCCGAAGGUGGUAUUUAUAUUAUAAGUGGAAAAAGUACCAAUAGUAAUCCAUCGACAAUGGAUCGAAGAAAGCACAUGGGUCCUCAUUCUCAUCCUCCUCCGCCUCAUCCACCUCAAAACACUGCUAGUUAUUCAUCAGCUACGGGAAUGUCAUCGGUGUCAUCAGCAAAUGGCAUUGGUAGCGAGAGUAGUCAUACCACAAACGAUGUGAUAUCGGAAUGCCAAAGCAACUAUGCUGGUAACGAGGUGGCCAAUGGAGAUUUCCAUUUUGUCACAGCUGCUGAAUCUUCGCCAACGAAAAAUCUAUCGAGUGGUGGCAGUUUUAAUCUAAAGAGUGGUUCGACUGUGAAAUUAUUGCCUGCAGGAGAUGAAGAUUCAAAUACACAGACAAAAUGUUCGGUAUUUCGCGGUCUUGUAUUAUGCAUCUGCCUCAACGUUUCCUAUGCCAAUAUUGUCCGAUUUCCACGCGAGCUGGAUCGUUAUGGUUCAGCAUAUUUAAUACCAUAUUUAGUACUACUUUUUCUAGUCGGCCUUCCAACAAUAUUAUUGGAAAUAUCAAUUGGUCAGUUUUUGGGACAAGGAGCAGCGCACACAUGGAGAUCAUCACCUAUUUUUAAAGGAGCAUGUAUAGUCAGCAGAUUUGCAUCAUGGUUAGCAUCAAUAUGGAUUUCACUACAAGCUGUAAUUUCUGUAGCUUAUAUUGGAAUGUUUCUAACCAAAUUAUUGCCAUUCAAUGAAUGUGUUGGAGAUAUAAAAUUAGCUUUAAAUGGAUAUAAAGUAGUUGGCAAUAAUGGCGUUGAGUGUAUACAAAAGACUUUUCUAACACCAUUUUGGGAAAACCCACUUUAUUUUGGACUUUUAGCAAUAGGUUUAAUAUUUAUUUGGAUGACUGUUAUGUUUUGCACUCAUAAUGCCAAAGUUUAUCGACGUAUAUCAUUUUUCUUUGGACUUAUUGGCUUCGCUUUACUCUGCUCACUGACUUCGUGGGAAGUUCAUACUUCUCUCGAAAGACAAUACUUUCCUGAACUUUGGCCAUUUAAAGAAACACUUCUUUUAGACAGUUCAAUAUGGUUUAAUGCCCUCGUUCAAGUUAUUUAUGCUACCAAUAUCGGCUUUGGAGCUCUUCCCGUAGUAACUGGAAAAUUUCUCUACAAAGGUGAUGCAGUUCGUACGUCAGUGGUGUACCUCUGCUUCAAUCUUCUGGUCAAUGCGAUAUCAGUGACACUCUUUAUGGUUCAAUUUGAUAAUUUAGCCUCAAGAAGUUUGAGCAAUCUUGAGGCCUUAAAACCUUUGACAGCUAUCUACGAUCGAGUGUUGAAUGAACCAACUGGAUUAUUGGCCAAAUUAAUUCCAUGCCUCAUCUAUUCAUUGAUUGUAAUCUCAGCAAUUGUCUCGAUAACUGUGGCAAUUUACACCUCAACUCGUUUGGUUCCUCGCCAUCCAAACUAUGUCAUAAGUUUAAUUGGGUUCGUUGCAGCUGUUAUAGCUUUGGCAGCCCCGAAGUUCAUCAUUCCUCGUGUCCUUGAUACCAGAAUUGUGGGAACUUUAGUGAUCACUGCACUGAUCUUCGAUCUUAUAGCCACUACCUGGAUCUAUGGGGCUAAAAAUAUCUACACUGAUCUUGAGUUCUCGAUCGGUAGACCGAUCUUUAAAGGCUGGGUAUACCUUUGGUGUUUGGGACCAGCUUUUUUGACCGGAGUCUUAGUUUGGUGGUGUGCUGAUGAUGAUGAAGGUGAUCUUCUCAACGCCUACAUGCCUCGAUGGGCUCCAAUUCUCUUUGUCAUUGGAGUCAUUUUGAUCAUAGCCUGUGUGGAAAUCUUCAAACAGGUGGAUUACAAUUUCUUUGGAAUGAUUUGUGAAGCAGCAAAACCUGCCAAAGAAUGGGGACCUGCUGAUCCUUUAGCCAGACAUGCCUGGAAACAAUGGCGAUCUGUUUGUCAAGAUACUGGACGAAAAGAUUUUACACUUCGUCGUCGAGGUACUCGAGAUUACACACAUUCCAUAAAAAAAGGUCAAUAUUCGACUUCAAAAUAUGGUACAAAUAAUUGGAAAUCAUCAACACCGGGAAAUAGUUCGCCAAACUAUAGUGGUUCGGUAUUUGGUGAUUCAGCAAUCGAAGAAGAUAUCAGCGUGGAUAAGUAUUCUGGUAUUAAUCAACAAUUUACAGCAUUCCAAGGGAAUGAUGGCAAAGGAAUGCGAUAUUCAAACCGAUCGAGACAACCCGUCCCAACAACACCAAAUGACCGAAGACUUCCUCAGCAUAAUACAAAUCCAGCUGAUCGACAUAAAGAAGUCGUUUACAUUCGAAGACUAUCGAAUGGAGAAGGAAAUAAUCAUUCGACAAGAAUUGAGAUAACACCUUCGAAGGAGUCAAUAACUUACGGAACACGCAAUCCAAUGGGAAGGAAUCUCAAUCAAACUUAUAGUAUUCCACAUCGAACGAAUAGUGUGAAUAGACAUCCGGUUCAAUCGAAUGGUCAAGUUCCAGUGGCAAGUUUGGGUGAGGUGGCCGCCGGAGAUCAUAUUUGCUGGCGAAAGUUCUCCGUAAAUGCCGAAGAGUACUCCACUGAAUUGUGAUGUCGUCAGCGCAACAUAGUUUUGUUUUUGUAAAAGACUUAUCAUUCAAUUUGAAGGCACAAAUGCCUUUAAAAGAAAUAAUUAUUAAUAUUAUUAUAAAUAGCGACACACACUUUAUCAACACUGGUUUGAUUUUCACACUAUUUUUGUAAAUAAAUUAUAUAAAUUUUUAAGCAUAAAAAUAAAAUUAAAUAAAAAAAAAUUAUGUUAAGAAGGCAACCAGAGUAUAAAAAUAAAAAUGAUGACUUUAUCACUUUAUUAUUUAUGUUUAUUAUCUAAAUAGAAAGUUCUGUUUAAUUUAUAAGUAAAAUUUUUUGUAAAUAUUGU